GAUGUGGUUAGAAGACUGAUAAUCUGAUGACUAUCAAAUCAAACUGUUGUAUAAAAGGUUCACCUUGACACUUCUACAAACACAACGUAACCUUUUUGCUAGCAUCAUGCUCGGGCUGCAGAAAUUUCUGCUCCUCCAUCUUCUGGGAUUCCUCGGAAAGCUCUCACAUGGAAGUGACAUCAUAGAUGGUAAAAAAGCCCCAGAGAACUCGAUGCAGUACAUGGCCUCUGUGCAGAACAACAAUGGUCACCAUGUUUGUGGAGGAUUUCUCAUCAAGGAGGACUUUGUAGUCUCGGCUGCACACUGUGAUAACGCGAGCCCCACAUACGUUGUUCUCGGCAACCACAAUCUGAAGAACGGCAAUCAUCAAAAAAUAAAGAUUGAAAACAAAACCAUCCAUGAAAAUUAUAAAGAUGCUGGACUGGGUGAUGACAUCAUGCUGAUUAAACUGUCUGAGAAAGUUCAACUGGGCCAUGGCGUAGAAAGAAUUCAGCUUCCACCUGCUGAAAUAAACCUAAACGAAAACCAAGUGUGUCAGGUGGCUGGAUGGGGAAAAACUAAAACUGAUCAUAAUAAACCUGCUGAUGAGCUGAUGGUGGCGAACGUGUCCGUCAUUGACAAACAAGUCUGUAAAAAACUAUGGGAUGAUCUUCCUGACAAUGUCAUCUGUGCAGGUGGAUAUGAAACAACCAAAGGAUUCUGUCAGGGAGAUUCUGGUGGUCCUCUGGUGUGCAAUGGGUCAGCUUAUGGCGUCGUUUCUUUCAACUAUAAAGGAAACUGCAGUUACCCCAAUAAACCCAACGUCUAUACAGACAUCUCAAAAUACCUUCAGUGGAUUCACCGGAUUGUGAAAUCCCGAAAAUAUGAUGAGUAAAAACUUCAUUGAAAGUUUGGCUUGUAUAUUCAUGAAAUGUCAGCAUUUCUGAUUCUCUGUCAGUGUAACAAAAAAUGAAAAGUAUUAAAUAUGUGAUUUCCUUUUUUUAACUGAUUGUUUUAUUUUGAACAUCAUA